AUGGCGUUGGCCAAAAGCCGAAAGAACAAAGGCAUCGGCGAGAAGAAGAUUGACUUGAUUGAGGAACGACUCUCCAACAUUGAAGAGUUGCUACGGAGUCUCGUGAAUGACCCCCAGGGCGCCAGCAACGUUUCGUGGGAUGGCAACAGGGUCAGGCAUGCUACGCCUUCAGCCUCGACAGUUGGUGAUUUAUCCAUCUUGACACAAGACGACGCAGACUCGGAUUCCGCCUUCGAGGGCGAACUCUCACUUACCGCCCAUACAAUGUUUGCCAGCGAUUUCAUCGAAGACGCUGUACAGAGAACUUCGCUCCGAGAUGUUCCGCCCAAUAUGCACGCCGCUCUCUCAUCCCUUCGUCAGAUCGUCACCAUGCAGUCCAAAGUCUCCUCCACUCGAGAGUUUCGUUUCCGUACCCAGCAAUUGCCCCCACCAGGAGGGUUGACCGACCUGCCUAUGCCGCCUAUGAAUGCCGUUGUGGCCCUGCUCAAGCAUAUGAAGGUCUCUCCUCCAAGCAUAUUCUCGCUCGCAUGCUCGUUUCUAGAUGUUGACGAUCUAGCUGAGCUCUGCCGAAAGAUCUACUUCUGCACUGAUAACUUUGCGGACACCACAUUCGUCAUCGUGAAUGGCGCGCUCUUCUACCUCUUCAUGGAACAGUCAUACCUCGCGCCCAACGCAGAGGCUCGAGAGGAGUUUGAAAGGUAUCAGCACAUAUGCCAGAGCAAUCUCGAAACCGCCCUGACUUGCUUGCCACUCAUGCUGCCCGCCAAAAGAGAAAGCAUCGAGGCUUUACUCCUGGCCGCCGUGUAUUCCAUAGACGUAUCGAAAGCAUCUCUCGCAUGGCUUUUUACCUCCACUGCUGCUAGCCUAUGCCAAACGCUUGGCUACCACCGCGUCUCACAGGCUAGGAGUGAAAGCGCCGGCCCUAGAGACAUCAAGACCCUCUUGUUUUGGCACGUUUACAUGCUUGACAAGACUCUCUCACUCAGGACAGGCAGGGCGUCCGUCAUCCAAGACUGGGAUAUCACCCUACCCAGGAGAGUCGACAAUACAAUGGUUGCAGAUCCUUGGGGGGCCAUUAUUACAACCUGGAUCAAACAAGCCGAAAUCGCACACCGCGUCUACGAACAACUAUACAGCCCGCUUGCCAUACACCAAUCUCAAGAAGAACGGAUUGAGACCGUACGUCGUUUGGAAAGUGAGCAAAAGGCCAUUAUGGCUGCCGGGUCCCAUGUGCGAGAGCAGGUUCUCUUCGGGCUCAAGGCUAUGAACGCCUCGUCCAUUUUAGACAUACAUUUGAGGGGUGACGAAAUGUCCUUCCACUCAACUAUGACCUUGAUCUAUAGAGCACUACCAGCACCAGAGGGCUCACCGACCCGAUUUUCCCAGGAGUGCAUUGACACUGCACGAUUCGCCAUGCAGUUGCAUCUCGAAUGCAUGCAAAAAAUCGCUGAAGAGGGGCGGCACCUCAAGGCAGUUUACAUUCACUGGGCUAUUUUGCUCACUCCGUUCACACCCUUUUUCGUCCUCUUCUGUCACGUCAUUGACACAUCGAAUGCCGAUGAUCUCAGGCGAUUGAACGAGUUCGUUGCCUCUCUCCGACCCGCCUGUGGACUGUCAGAGCCCGUCGAGAAGCUACACCAACUCUGUUCAAUGUUGUGCAACGUAGCGACGCUCUACAUGGAAAGCAAGUCGCAGCAGUCGGAAGAACGCGGCCCUAUCAACGAUGAGUUUGACGUAUACUUGAGUGCGCUGGGGUUCCCACCAGCCGAAUACCCUGCUCAAGGGAUGGAUACCAGCGAUAUGUCUCAGCCCAGUCUGCAGACUGCUCAGUUGGGCAACUGGUUUUCGGGCAGCCAGUACAUGAUGGGGCUGCUCGAAGAGGAUCUGUCCCAGUUCAACUAG